AUGUGGCUGAUCAACGUGGUCACCCUUCAGCGCCGCGAAUUCACAAGCUCUACCCCUCCGUACGCGAUCUUAUCACACGUCACGGAGCAAAAUGAGGCGUCAUCUGAAGACUUCGCACAUAUACAUAUGGAAACUACCGAGAUAAUCCAAAGAGCCUGUGGCGAAGCUCGGAAUGCAGGGUCUGAGUGGCUCUGGAAUUUCGCAGCAUGCGUGGACAAACGAUCUUGCGCGGCCCAGUCCGAAGCGAUCAAUUCCCUGGCGCAGAUCUAUCGAGAUUGUGAAUACAACAUCAUAUACCUGGAGGAUCUUGAUUGCAAGCUCGUAGAUGAUGAAGCAGUUCGUGAGAGGCUGGCUGCAUGUCGUUGGAUCAAGAACGUUUGGGCGAUCCCACAAAUCAUCUUUCCACGGGUGGCAUAUCUAUAUUCGUCUGAUUGGAACCAGAUCGGAACAAAGAGGUCAUUGAUUCCACUUCUGUCGUCCAUAAUCGGAAUCGACCAACCUGUUUUGGAGAAUUCGGACUGCCUUGAGGACUACUCCAUCGCCAGGAGAAUGUCAUGGGCCUCCCACAUGUCAGCUCCGCGGAUGGAAGACUCCGCUUAUGCUUUGCUCGGAUUAUUCGAUAUCAGUAUGUCGAUUUUAUACGGACAAGGAAGUAAGGCCUUUCUCAGACUCCAGGAAAAUAUUCUAAUGGACACCGACGACUAUUCCCUGUUCGCUUGGGAUACGCUUGACGCCCAGGAGUACACCGGGCUUUUCGCACACUCUCCGGAUUGGUUUAGCCGGUUUCGAAAUAGUCCCACGACACAAUUGCGCAUCGACGGAGAGUCUCAGAUCCACUGUGCGGGUAUCACCAUCGAGACAUCUCUCUGCAGAGCACAGGGCAGCUUGUUUCUCCCAUUGGAAGGAGAAGAUGGCUCGACUUGCUGGAUUCCUCUUUCCCAGUGGAAUGGCUGCUUUGUACGAAAAGGCGGUCGGGUAGAGUGGGACCUAUCAAAGUCCAUGAGCCUUGAGCGGUGGAGAAUCUGUAUCAAGCGAGACGUGACUGCCCAUGUCUCUAGGAAGAUCAGUGGUUCCGAAGGGCUUGUCGAGGCGGACAUACCUCGCUCCCUUGAGCCGUCCGAUAUUGGUCCUGAAAGAAGAUCGAAUGAGACCGUCAUGGACUACAACUCCAACAACAGAACGGGCAGCAUCAAGCCCUCGGCUGAGGCCUGUGGAAUGACUGCCCAGUGCGCCCCUUCGCAGUCAUUUAGCGAAGCCGCGUCACAGGAAGACCACAUCGCCUGGUCAGAUCAAGAGAGAAGCUCAGUGCAUGGGAUCACGGAUGAUCAAGACAAUAGGCUCAACAGGGAGGAGCGGUCAUCUUUGCCAGAGGAAUUGCGGUGGUUUCAGGUCUGGGACAUUAUAUUCCCUCAGAUCGAGCACCCGCACUCGCCUUUCUACACCAGUGAGCGAGAGUUGAGCGUUUGUGCUUUCCGGCAGUUCUGGAUGCAGAGUGGCGAGGACACUGUCGCAACCUUCCUCCAGAAGAAAGAAUGUCAGAGCUACAGGAUACAGAACGAAGAAAGAAAGUUGCAGGCCAUCUAUGAUGCUGUGGUGGAGAACGUAGUGGACAAGAUCUUUGAUGAUUUCAGCGACUGA